AUGGUCCACAAGCGCGAGUACAACCUCCGCCCUCGCCUCAACCGCCUCGCCCCGGCGAUCCCUUGUCCCUCGACUACGCUCGUGCGCACCAGCCCGACCCUCUCCAACCUCGCCACCGACGCCCUCGACCGCCUACGCCACGACCCGCGUCGCGAGCAAGACGCCCUUGGCCAGCGCGACGAGCUCAUCCACCUCGCCAGCGUCGCCCCAGCACCCGCCCCUGCACUCGCACCGACGCCGACCGUCUUCGACACGUACCUCGUCCGCCCUGUCGCCGCCGACCCGCUCGUCGACUUCCCCGCUUCCCCCCUCCCCUCUCCCCGUUCGUCGCCGAGCCGCCCUCCCGGCGUCGGCCCUCUCGACACCGGCGUUCGCGACGACACUCACUUACUCGUCCCCUCGUCACGCAGUACCCGCUCGCAUCAGCUCGUCUCGCACAACGGCUACCUCUUGGCCUACCGCUCGUGGGGCCCGCCGCCGGCCACGAGCGAGGCGUUAAACCGCUUCGUCGCUCGCUGGAACGAGGCCGAGCGCAUGACCGAGGAGUUCCAUCUCGCGGCGACGCACAAGCUGGCGCCCGCACUCGCCGAGGCCCUCGUGGACGACCCAGACCUCGACAUCCUCAGCCUCUCGUGGGCCGCGCAGGCAGGUCUGGCGGCUGCAUAA